AUGGCACCUGCGCUGCCUUUGAUACCUCAGAGGCGGCGACAGCCCAACACGAACCCUGUCCAGGCUCGCAGACUGGCAGGGGUAGAGAGCCUGCCAGCAUUACCAUCUUGGCAGGCGCCGGUUGUGAGGACCGUACACCUGUAUGAGCAUGUUCAUGAUCACCAUCACUUCGUAUAUCCGCGACGAAUUCCCUCUGAGCCGUCGGUGCUGGAGCCACUACCUGAAAGGAGGCCCUCGAUUCCGGAAGUGGUGGUGAUGCCCUGCUCCGAAGAGCCAGUCGAGGCAGUAGAGCCUGCAUCACAGCCGGCAGUGGCCCUGGAUGCAAGUGUGCAGCUACACGACUUGCCCGACGUGCCGGAAGCGGAAGUGAUCGGAGAAGAGGUCUCGCAGGAGAAGGGUCGCGAGGCACCCGUGCGGAGCAGCCUCCUGCAGGUACUCCCCGAGAAGCAAAGGCUAGACAGCCGCGGUUCCGUCGCCUCCUCCCGCCUCUCCUCUUACAACAGCGAAGGCUCGAAAUCCCGGAAUGGCAGCAAGGAGCCGCCCCGGUUACGGGCCUAUAGGCCCUCAAAGAAAGAGGCCCGGAGGCCGGAGGUGGAGGACAAGCUGUCGAACAGGCUCAGGGUCCUCGAAGCAGAGAGUAGGUGGUCAGAUCGGCGUCGCGACCUGCGGCGCUACAUCCGGGAGCUGCCAGACAGCUCCAAGUCUAGAGCGAAGCAGAAGCUGGUGGGCCAGAAGGUCACAGGCACGCUUCUCGACAGGACACGGCUGGAGACCCAGAAGGCAAAGGACACGCAGGAGAAUCGCGACGUUGUCCACCACAUUGAGAAAGAGCUACAUGCAUGUAGAAUGCAUUCCAUGGGGCUGGUAGAAUAUCAGAGCGGCGAUCAAGAGGCGCGUGCGGAGGAGGAGGGUCGCACCGGUGGCACAACGGUCUACGUCGGCCGCGGCGCCUCGAGAGUUCGGGAUCUCUUCAGACAGGCAAGAAGCAUGGCACCUGUGGUGCUUUUCUUGGACGAGCUGGAUGCGCUAGGCACGCGCAGUCGGGGUCAGGGAGGGCUCGGCGGGGGCGAGGAGUAUGUGCAGACCCUGAACCAGAUCCUCACGGAGCUGGAUGGGUUUCAUGGACAUAGCGACGGCAUCGUCGUCCUUGGAGCGACGAAUCGCCAGGAGGCCAUCGAUCCGGCCUUGUUGCGACCCGGCCGCUUCGAUCGGUUUAUCCAAGUGGAUCUCCCCGAUGAGGAGGAGCGAAAGGCAAUUUUCCGAAUUCACGUCCGCAAGGCGGACGAAAGCCUGUCAGUGGAGGCAGGCACUGUGAAUUCCAUCGCGUCUUCCUCAGCAGGUUUCAGUGGCGCAGAGCUUGCCAACGUCGUGAACGAGGCGAUUUUCCUGGCCCUGCGCGACUCGAGAUCACAACCUACUGCGAAGGACUUCUCGGAUGCCCUGGACCGCCGAAAGGUGGCCCGGAAGGCCGUGGGCUGCGGCGGCACCUCCCUAAAUGGCGAUGCGUCAGGCCUAGGGUUCCGAAUGCCGCGGCCCUGGCCUAAGGCGGCUGCUGCCUAG